AUGGCCAACAAUUGUACUUGUACUCUUACAGGAUCAUCCCCUCAUCAUCAUGAACAACACCUUCCCGAGCCACCAAUUCUUGAUACGAUUCUUGAUCAUAUCGGAAAUACACCGAUUGUGAGAAUUAAUCAGAUCACAAAAUCCGAAGGAAUCGAAUGUGAAAUAUUGGCAAAAUGUGAAUUUUUCAAUUCCGGUGGAUCCGUAAAGGAUCGUAUUGGUAAACGUAUGAUCGAAGAAGCUGAAAAGGCGGGGAUUAUUAAACCAGGUUAUACAAUUAUUGAACCAACUUCUGGGAACACCGGAAUUGGUCUUGCGCUGACCGCUGCCAUAAAAGGCUAUCGAACAAUUAUUACACUUCCAGAAAAGAUGAGUCAGGAAAAGGUUGAUGUUCUUAAGGCUCUUGGGGCAGAGAUUGUUCGUACACCAACAGAAGCAGCAUGGGAUUCACCCGAAUCUCAUAUCGGAGUUGCUAAGAGACUUAACAAAGAAAUUCCCAAUUCUGUAAUUUUGGAUCAAUACUCUAACCCAUAUAACCCUAUUGCUCAUUAUGAUCAUACGGCUGAAGAGAUCUUAAUCUCUUGUGAUGGGAAGCUUGAUGUACUUGUAGCGGGAGCUGGUACAGGAGGAACGAUUACGGGAAUAGCCAUGAAAUUAAAAGAGAGAUGCCCCACCGUUAAGAUUAUAGGCGUAGAUCCUUAUGGGUCCAUUCUCGCUCAACCAGAAGAUUCAAAUUUAUCAGUCGCUCCAUAUCUAGUUGAAGGAAUUGGAUAUGAUUUCGUUCCAGAUGCACUUAAUCGUACUUUAGUUGAUGAUUGGAUUAAAACGAACGACAAAGAUUCAUUCAUUUAUGCACGUCGUUUGAUUCGUGAAGAAGGAAUUCUUUGUGGGGGAUCAUCUGGUUCAGCGAUGUUUGCGGCAAUUCAAGUCGCCAAAUCUCUUAAAAAGGGGCAAAGGGUUGUUGUGAUAUUACCGGAUUCCGUUCGAAACUACAUGACGAAAUUCUUGAAUGAUGAUUGGAUGAAAGAACAUGGAUUUGUUGAUGAGACCAUCAAGAAAGAGGAGGAAACAAAAAUUCAACAAUGGGGAGGAGCUACUAUUAAAGAUCUCAACUUAAAAGUGGCCAUCACUAUUGAUUCGCAAGCAACAUGUAGGGAAGCUAUUGAAAUACUUGAACAAAAUGAAUUUGAUCAAUUACCGGUUACUUCCUCACCAAAUAAAAAAUUGGUUGGAUUAGUAACUCUUGGUAAUUUAUUGGCCAGAAUAUCUAGAGGAAGGGCAACACCUGAUUCUCCCGUCAAUGAUGUAAUGUUUAAAUUUAUUAGAGCAAAGAACUUUGAAGAGUUCACAACCGAUAUACCCUUGGAGAAAUUGACCAGAUUCUUUGAGAAGCAUAGUUCGGCUGUUGUCACAGAACGUAAAAAUGAUGGUGUACUUGUUCCAAAACAUGAAUCAAAAACCGUUUUAUAUGAUAACGGGAUCGUCACCUCAACACCUACUUACAAGUCUCCAUUUUUUAAUUACGCUUCCUUUUGCAAGGUUCUAUCCCUUUAUAAGGUUGACAAGAUCAUUGAGCACGUGGUUCAACAUCAGAAAUCCGUUACACCUCAGAAUUUGCCAUUUAUCAAAUAUUUAACGAUGCAGGAAAUCUUAAAACUGUUUAUGACACAAAUUUCUUCUUUAAAGGUUUUAGAUUAUACUUUUAUAUGCUUUGAAACCAUACCCAAUUUACUCGAUGUUCCCUUUACUUACUUUCCUGGAGGUAUAAGUUGUAUAAAAAACCUUACAGAAUUAAGGUGUAAUUCAAACAAUUCCUCCGAAUUUUUUUAUCAUUUAUUACAAUUUUGUUACAACCUAAAAUCAUUAACUAUAGAAUUUGAAAAUAUCAUUUCAAAUGGGUUAUUCGACCUGAUCGCUUCACAAAAGAAUUUAAAACACUUGAAAUUAUUUCAAUCCUGUGACGGCGUAUAUUGGACGGAUAUCUUAUCAGCUUUGAUAAAACAUUCCACGACCUUGACGAAAUUACAUCUCGUUUCAUUUGCUGAAGAUGUGCCGAUAUCUUUCAUCUCUGCAUUCUCGAAUUUACAUGAACUCAAUAUUUCCUUUUAUGAAGAAAGAUACUUUGACGAUUUUAAAGAAUUACAAUUCGUUACCUUUCCCAAGUUGCAAAUCCUAAAAAUUCCUUACGCGUGUCCAAAGGUUGAAUAUUUUACAUCUUUUUUAGAAAGGAAUGGAAAGAACCUAAAAGAAUUUAAUACGGACACGGAUAAUAAAUCAUUAAAGUCAUCUAUAGUUAAGCUUUGUCCAAAUCUCGUUAAGCUUUCUUUAUUAUUGAAGAAUGAUGAAGUGGAAACUUUAAAAAUCAUCUUUAAUGGUUGUAAACAAUUGGAGAGUCUUGAAGUAUGGUGUGGUGAAUUUUGUGGUAAAAAAUAUUUGAAGGAAGAAGAACUAUUUGCGAUCAUAGCGGAUCAUUCUCCACCAAGUUUUCAUGAGUUAAAACUCUAUAAUUUGGAUGGUUCGGAGUUAUUUCCCGAGGACCUGGAUUCUUUUUUGAUGUGUUGGAAAUUUCGCAUACCAUUCAAAUCGUUUUCUUUAAUAGUUAUUGUUGAUGAUUCUAUCAAAGAUUUUUACUUGGGGGGACUUCAAAAUAUACAUAAGAAAAACAUGGAAGUGAUCGAAAAAUAUAAGAAAUUGAAUAUCUUGAAGAAAUUUGAAAUUGAGGUGAAGGAUGAUGAUGAAGAAUAG